AAUGUCGGUUAUUAUAGGAAGUUUUCCGCCAGACGAACGACGGUGAUUUAAGGAAAGCCGGAAAACUGAGUGGUAUGGAGUCUGCAGACAAAAGUCAAAGUCCCAGUCCUGCACAGAGAGAACACAGUGGACCUUCAGAGAAUGAGUCUAGUCCACCGUCGGGGAGGCCUCAGCAGGCCAGCUCAGUUGAAAGAAGCCCAAAUGAGCAGCAGUCCCCUCGGGCAAGUCCUGUGGACCGCAGGCCCUCCAGGAGCCCUGCCUCAAGCAGUUCAGACAGCAGCAGCAGCAGCAGUGAUGAGGAUGAUGAUCACUCAUCAGCACUAAGAAAGAUUCGGAGCAGUGUGGCUCAGAUCAGAAGAUCCAGAUCAGGAUCCAGAGAGAAAGACAGAUCCAGAUCCAGGGAGCAAGAUCGGUCCAGAUCGAGGGAAAUGGACAGAUCCAGAUCCAGAGAGAGAGACAGAAACCGAUCCAGAUCCAGGGAAAAGGACAGAUCUGCGUCAAGAGGGAGAGCGAGAUCAAGAUCAAGAUCAAGAUCCAGAGGGCGAGAGAGGUCCAGGUCAAGAAGACGUGACAGAUCCCGAUCCAGGGAGAGGGACAGGGACCGUUACGACAGAAGACGCUAUGCACGGAGUCGCUAUGAUGAUCGGCAUGAUGACAGGGACGGGCGUUUUGAUCGGCGAGCCAAUUGGGAGGCUGAUUCAGAUCACAGGAGGCGAGGCCGCUCUGCCUCCCCUCCGACUGACAGGGAGCCAGUUGCGGCCGACGAGCCACCGGUGAAAAAGAAAAAGGAGGAGAUCGAUCCAAUCCUGACGAGGACCGGCGGUGCUUACAUUCCCCCCGCCAAGCUGCGCAUGAUGCAGCAACAAAUCACUGACAAGAGCAGCUUGGCCUAUCAGAGGAUGAGCUGGGAAGCUCUGAAGAAGUCCAUCAAUGGUCUGAUCAACAAAGUCAACGUUUCCAACAUUGUUAACAUCAUUCAGGAACUGCUGCAGGAAAAUAUCGUCAGGGGGAGGGGACUGCUGGCUCGUUCGGUACUGCAGGCUCAGGCAGCCUCUCCUAUUUUCACUCACGUCUACGCUGCCGUCGUUGCCAUCAUCAACUCAAAGUUCCCUCAGAUUGGAGAGCUCAUCCUCAAACGCCUCAUCCUGACCUUCAGGAGAAGCUACCGCCGUAACCUCAAGCAACAGUGCCUGACCGCCUCAAAAUUUGUGGCUCAUCUCAUCAACCAGAACGUGGCCCAUGAAGUUUUGUGUUUGGAGAUGCUCACUCUGCUGCUCGAGCGUCCAACUGAUGACAGCGUGGAGGUCGCCAUUUCCUUCUUGAAGGAAUGUGGUCUCAAACUGACCGAGGUGUCCCCCCGAGGAAUCAACGCCAUAUUUGAGCGUCUCAGAAAUGUCCUCCAUGAGUCGUCCAUUGAUAAGAGGGUCCAGUACAUGAUAGAGGUGAUGUUUGCCAUCAGGAAAGAUGGUUUCAAAGAUCACCCAGUUAUCCCAGAAGGCCUGGACCUGGUGGACGAGGACGACCAGUUCACUCACAUGCUGCCACUAGACGACGAGUACAACCCUGAGGACAUCCUCAAUGUGUUUAAGAUGGAUCCUGAAUUCUUGGAGAAUGAGGAGAAAUACAAAACUAUUAAAAGAGAUAUCCUGGACGAGGGCAGCAGCGAUUCAGGGGAGGAGGGAGACGGCAGUGAUGAAGAUGAGGAAGAUGAAGACGAGAAUGAGGAGGAAGGCGAAGAUGAGAAAGUCACCAUCUUUGAUAAGACAGAAGUCAACCUGGUUGCUUUCAGAAGAACCAUCUACCUCGCUAUUCAGUCCAGCUUGGACUUUGAGGAGUGUGCGCACAAACUGAUUAAGAUGGAGUUUCCUGAUAGCCAAACGAAGGAGCUGUGCAACAUGAUCCUGGACUGCUGCGCUCAGCAGAGGACCUACGAGAAGUUUUUUGGUCUGCUGGCCGGGAGGUUCUGCCUCCUGAAGAAGGAGUACAUGGAGAGUUUUGAGGCAAUAUUUUCAGAGCAGUACGACACGAUUCACCGACUGGAGACCAACAAACUGAGGAAUGUGGCCCGACUGUUCGCACACCUGCUCUACACAGAUUCUGUGCCGUGGAGUGUGUUGGAGUGCAUCAAAAUCAGUGAGGACACCACAACGUCAUCCAGCAGGAUCUUUGUGAAGAUCCUUUUCCAGGAGCUCUGUGCCUACAUGGGCCUCCCAAAACUUAACCAGAGGCUGAAAGACCAGACUCUGCAGCCAUUCUUUGAAGGUCUUUUUCCUCGUGAUAAUCCCAGAAACACUCGCUUCGCCAUCAACUUCUUCACUUCUAUUGGAUUGGGAGGACUGACGGAUGAGCUGAGGGAACAUUUGAAGAAUGCACCGAAGAUGAUUAUGACUCAGAACCAGGAUGUUGAAUCCUCAGACUCUUCCUCAACUUCGUCUUCAUCCUCUUCGUCAUCUGAAUCCUCCUCCUCAGACUCAUCGAGCGACUCUGAUUCAGACUCGUCAGACUCCUCCAGCAGCAGCAGCUCAGACUCGGACACCAAACACAGAAAGAAGAAGAAGAAAGGACAAAGUGAAGAGAAAAAGAAAAUGCGAGAGAAGGACAAGAAGAAGAAAGCUUCUGACAAGAAGCGAGCUGGACGCAAGAGAGACAAAGAAGAGGAUGACGACAGCAGCGACGGGAAGCAGGCGAGGAGGGAAGAGAAGGGUCGUGCACGUGACCUGGAGGAGCGUGAGCGUGAGGGCGCCCGCCGGAGCAGACGAGACGACAGAUCGGAGGAGGAGGAGGAGGAGGCGGUGGGGGAGAGGGGACGAAAAACGGACAGGCAAAGAGAUGACGAAAGGGAGAGAGAGAGAGAGAGAGACAGAGGGAGGGAGAGAGAGAGGGAGCGGGCGAGGGACAGAGAGAUUGAGGAGAAGAGAGAGAGAGAGCGGGAAAGGGAGCGAGAGAAGCAGAGGGAGAGAGAAAGAGAGAGGGAUAGAGAGAAAGAGAGGAAUAAAGAGAACAGAGACAGGAACAGAGAGAGAGAUGAGAGGAGGAGGAGAUAAAACUCUUCAUCCCCAGAGCAGCAGUGAUGGACUAAUGACUUUAAAUCUGCAUCUUUCCCCUCUGUGAUCCCUCUUUACCUCAGCCUGUCACUGUGGCGUUGUGGAUCUGACCCCAUUCUCCAUUCUGUCUGUAUUUUCUAUUGAACUUUUUUUUCUUUUGUUAAUGAAAUUGGAAAAAAAAACCCAUUAAAGUUGCUUUAGAUUUUUUUAUAA